UAAUCCAGCCCAGCCGCUGAGUAGCCAUUUUGGUCCCACCUAAAACAGACAGCCUCGCUCCACUUUGGGCCGCCGGAGAUGGAAGAGAACGAGCCGACGGCGAGUAUUUCGACCAUCAAGCCCAUCUGAACCCUCACUAGAUUCACCGACGUGUGACAUUUGAGGCCAUGGCUCGUCGUUGCUAGGCGGACUUGCUGUUGUGGAGAGAGGAAAAGAAGCCCGGGGCGGUUUUUUUGGAAGUAGCGACCGACAGCGCCUGACCGUCGGCGGAGUUAGCUUCACCCGAACGGACGGAGAUUUGGUUCUAGUCGAAGCCAGGUCGUGUGCGGGGUGUGCCCGCUAGGCAAGUAGCCGACAGAGGCUAACUGCUAACUCCUACAGCGAGGGUUGAUUUUUUUUGCUUGGCUCCAGAAGUGUGCUGGGCUUGAACACGGAGGCGAUUCAUGCUGAGACUCUGCAAGUGUCCCCCCUUUCCUCUGUCGGCUUGAACAAGGUGUCACUGGACUUUAGGUUGCUCUCUGGAACGAUCCUCACAACUAAAGAUGUCAACAAAAACUCCUUUGCCCACCGUCAACGAGAAGGCGACAGAAAGUCACACGUCUCACAGCAAUGGCCGACAGGAGGUCAGCUCGCGCUCGUCCCGCUCUGGGGUGCGGUCUCGGAGCUCGGAGGAGCCACAACAGCCGCACGUGGGAAACUACCGCCUCCUCAAAACCAUUGGGAAAGGAAACUUCGCCAAGGUCAAGCUGGCCCGACACAUCCUCACGGGCAGAGAGGUGGCUAUUAAAAUAAUAGACAAGACGCAACUAAACCCAAACAGCCUUCAGAAGCUCUUCAGAGAAGUCAGAAUAAUGAAGAUCUUGAAUCAUCCCAAUAUCGUCAAGCUGUUUGAGGUGAUCGAGACGGAGAGGACGCUAUACCUGGUGAUGGAGUAUGCCAGCGGAGGAGAGGUCUUCGACUACCUGGUAGCACAUGGGAGAAUGAAGGAAAAAGAGGCCAGAGCUAAAUUUAGACAGAUCGUAUCGGCGGUGCAGUACUGCCACCAGAAGCGCAUCGUCCACAGAGACCUCAAGGCUGAAAACCUUCUCCUGGAUGCAGACAUGAACAUAAAGAUUGCAGACUUUGGCUUCAGCAACGAGUUCACUGUCGGCAACAAGCUGGACACCUUCUGUGGCUCACCGCCGUACGCCGCACCUGAGCUCUUCCAGGGCAAAAAGUAUGACGGGCCCGAGGUGGACGUCUGGAGUUUGGGCGUCAUUCUUUACACGCUGGUCAGCGGCUCGCUGCCCUUUGACGGACAGAACCUCAAGGAACUGCGUGAACGGGUGCUGCGAGGGAAGUACCGCAUCCCUUUCUACAUGUCUACGGACUGCGAGAACCUCCUCAAGCGCUUCCUGGUCCUCAACCCAGCCAAGCGCGGUACUCUCGAGGUGAGGGAGGACACCGAAAAUCAAAUCAUGAAGGAUCGAUGGAUCAAUGCAGGAUUUGAAGAAGACGAGCUCAAGCCUUAUGUUGAACCUGAGCUGGACAUCACAGAUCAGAAGAGAAUAGAUGUGAUGGUGGGGAUGGGCUACAACCUGGAUGAGAUCCAGGACUCUCUAGCCAAGAUGAAGUACGACGAGAUCACAGCCACCUACCUGCUGCUGGGCAGGAAGGCGUCGGAGCUGGAGCCCAACGACUCGGCUUCCAGCAGCAACUUGUCCCUGGCCAAGCCCCGACCCAACAGCGAGCUCAAUGGUCAGUCGCCCUCCCACCUCAAAGUCCAGAGGAGCGUCUCGUCCAACCACAAGCAGAGGCGUUACAGUGAACAAGUGGGCCAGAACGCCCCUCCAGGUACGGCCCAUCCAAAGCGCAGUCAGACCACUGCCGCCGACAACAGCGGGAAGGACGAAGGCGGCGUCCAGCUUCGCAAAUCCGCCACUCCGGGGAGCCGUGGCGCUCCGCCUUCCAGCCCGCUGCUAGGCAACGCCAACAACCCCAACAAGGCUGACAUCCCUGACCGCAGGAAAGGUGCCGCCACCAGCCAGAGCAAUAACACUACGUCUGCGGGGAUGACCCGGAGGAACACGUACGUGUGCAGUGACAGGAACAACACGGACCGCCUCUCCGUCAUUCCCAACGGGAAGGAGAACAGCAUGACCGAGAUGGCUCGCGCCGCUAGCCCCUCCCCCUCCCUCGCGGCCGCUGCGCUCGGCGCCUCGUCCGGCUCGGUGCGGCUGAGGUAUCAAACGGCCAGCCCCUUGUACGCUUGCCAGGCAGGCUGGGCCACGCUGCCCCACUCCUACUACGCUUUGGACUACUGCUCGCCCAACGUGGCCGUGUCGCCGGGGGGCCAGAGGAACCCGGUGGCGUCCACCCACAGCAUCUCCAACGCCACCACGCCCGAUCGGCUGCGCUUCCCGCGGGGCACCGCCAGUCGCAGCACCUUCCAUGGCGGCCAGCUGAGGGACCGCCGAACCGCCACGUACAACGGCCCGCCAGCCUCGCCCACCCUUUCGCACGACGCCUCGCCGCUCUCCCAGACGCGCAGCCGUGGCACCAGUAACCUGUUCUCCAAGCUCACCUCCAAGCUGACCCGCAGAGUCUCCACCGAGUUUGAGAGAAACGGGAGACUUGAGGGCUCAAGUCGCCAUGUACCUGGGGAUCAAAAAGGGGAAAACAAAGAUGGUAAGCCCCGCUCCCUCCGAUUCACUUGGAGCAUGAGGACCACCAGCUCCAUGGAGCCCUGCGACAUCAUGAGGGAGAUCCGCAAGGUGCUCGACGCCAACAACUGCGACUACGAGCAGCAGGAGAGCUUCCUGCUCCUCUGCGUGCAUGGCGACGGGCGAGCCGAGAACCUGGUGCAGUGGGAGAUGGAGGUGUGCAAGCUGCCCCGCCUCUCGCUCAACGGCGUGCGCUUCAAGAGGAUAGCCGGCUCAUCCAUCGCUUUCAAAAACAUUGCUUCCAAAGUUGCCAACGAGUUAAAGCUAUGAGGAAAAACCGAGGGGUAAAAAGUAUCCGUAUAUCUAGAAGUAUUUAAGCUGUACAAUCAUCCAAGUAGCAGUUUCCAAAUGGCUCCUUUUUAUAAUAAAAAAAACAAAAUACAGAGUAUGUAUUGAUUACAAUGUAUAGGCUAAGGCUUUUGGCAAUAAUCACUGAAUUACCUACUAAUAAUCUCAGUCUAUUCUGGCCACAAGGGGGCGACAUAGCGAGUUGAUUUGUCAUGCUGUGAACGUGGACAACAACGAAAAGUAUUGCUUGUCUUAUUUAUUUUCUUUUCUUCUGAAAAAAUAAAAACACGUAGCGUUAUAUUUUUUGUUUUUCCUGUAAAUAAUAGUACCUCACGUUCAAGACUCGUUUUUCUUUUUCUUUUUGUAUUUCAGUUUAAAUUGGAAAAAAAUGGCGAGUCGCUGUAAACGCCCACGUGGUUUAAGGGUCACGUGCCUCAAUUAAAAGUGUCAACUUGAA